AUGUGCGCAAGAGUGUCGAUCUAUCCACCCCUGGGACAGGUCACCCAGCUCAAACACACUCACGUGUCCUUCUUCGCUGUACUAGAUGUUGAUGCAAAGGACGCGGAAGAGCAAUGGGAUGUCGCGAUAUGGCAUUCGUCCGACGGGAAGGGUUGGGAUGAGACGCUGAUGUCACCUGCCUCUGUCCGGGCUUCACCUACGUCAUUACAGCAUACCAGUCCCUCUAACAGACGCGUUCACUUGAGCGCCGAACUUACCGUUCUGUCAUCCCUCAACUUCACUGUCAAGUUCCGUAAUGGCCGCGAUGACCCAUGGAGAUGGGCACGCGAGGCAGAAGGCAUAGAUGAUGGUGUGAUACUGAUCAACCCAGAGAACAAGCGACGUCGUUGGGCGGACAGCCUCCCACAUAUCAUUCAUGGUCUGAAUCCGAAAUUGACGGUCAAGUCAGUGGCUAGCCAGGCGCCGCGCACUCAGUUGUGGACAAUAGAGGCUGCCAUAGGCCCAGCUGACGAUCAUAACUCGGCGUAUGUUGACAUGGAGCUUGGUACUCCAUGGGGCGGAUUCUUGCGUGGUCUUGAUAAUGUCAUGACCCUCUUCCGAAGCUCGUCUUCGGGCCCAGUCAUGCUUCACAUACGCAGUGACCAUGAUACAGAAUCAACAGGCCUCGUCCUCGCAGCAGUCGGAGACAGCUUCGAGAGUGCAAUGGCGGCAGUCAUGUAUCACGCGAGAACUGUGGCCAUGGCCACGUCUAGCAGCGAUGAUAGCCUAUCUAGAGAACUUCAAACACUGAGUGAUGACGUCAGACCCGAGUGGAUGGAGAACUGGUAUGAUGGACUGGGUUAUUGUACUUGGAAUGCGCUGGGCCAAGAUCUGACUGAAGACAAGCUUGUCAGUGCGGUUGACGUUUUAGCCAAGAACAACAUACAUAUAAGUAGCCUUAUCAUAGACGAUAAUUGGCAGGAUAUCGACCACAGUGGACAAGAUCAAUACCAGCGUGGCUGGAAGAGCUUUGAAGCCGAACCUACAGCAUUCCCCAGCGGACUCAAGCACACGGUCUCUCAGAUCCGCUCAAAGUGUCCGAGUAUCAAGCAUAUCGCUGUAUGGCAUGCAUUACUCGGGUACUGGGGAGGCAUUUCGCCUGAUGGAAAUCUUGCGAAACGGUAUAAGACUGUGGAGCUCGAACGGGACGGCUCUAACCUCGAUGGACCAAUGACUGUCAUUGCGAACAAAGACGUUCGGCGGUUCUACGACGACUUCUACCGAUUUCUAUCUGACUGUGGCAUUGAAGGUGUCAAGACUGAUGUUCAGUACAUGCUGGACACCUGGGUCUCGGCCAAACAACGUCGAGAACUCACGAACACGUACCUCGAUGCCUGGGCCAUAUCAGCACUGAGACACUUCAGUAUCAAAGCUAUCUCAUGCAUGUCGCAGGCACCACAGGUUUUGUUCCACCAACAACUACCACGCAACAGGCCAGUUAUGCUCGUGCGGAACUCGGACGAUUUCUUCCCUGAAGUACCUGCUUCUCAUCCGUGGCAUCUUUGGGCCAAUGCGCACAAUACUCUUCUCACUCAACACCUGAACAUCCUGCCAGACUGGGAUAUGUUCCAGACGGAUCACGAGUUCGCCGGCUAUCACGCUGCGGCGCGCUGUGUCAGUGGUGGCCCAAUCUACAUCACGGAUACUCCGGGGCAUCACAACCUCGACUUGAUCAACCAGAUGACAGGAGUGACUCCUCGUGGAAAGACUGUGAUCUUCCGACCGAGUGUGCUGGGGAAGACAAUCAACCAAUAUACUGGUUACGACGAAGACUCGAUACUCAAGGUUGGAAGCUACCACGGCAAAGCUGUGACUGGAACCCCUAUCCUCGCCGUGUUCAACACCAGGCAGCGAAGCCUGACGGAAAUCAUUCCCAUUUCAUGGAUUCCGGGUGUGAUCCCGUCAAUGAAGUACGUCGUACGGGCACACAAUAGCGGUAUGGUCACUGGUGUCGCCCAGCCGGGCUCGCCCGUCGCACAUUUGACGGUGUCGCUGGACGUUCGUGGCUACGACAUUUUCACCGCGUUCGCAGUCACCCAAUUCGAUAGCGAGACGAAUGGCCGCAUAUUCACAGCCAACCUCGGACUUGUUGGCAAGAUGACGGGUGCAGCUGCCAUCAUGUCAACCCAUCUCGAGCUACUCCACACCGGGAAGGUAUUGUUGGAUAUGCGAUUGAAGGCGCUCGGAACCCUGGGGCUCUACAUCUCAAGUCUUCCUGAUAUGUCGAUUGAGCGCGACUUCAUGGUCACAAUCCAAGGCCAGCCAAUCCCGCCGCAUACCGUGACUGUCAAUACAUCCGACAGGCAUGUGCUAGAUGUCGAUGUCGAGACGGCGUGGAAUGAGAUGGGUCUCAAGGCUGGCUGGAACAACGAGGUUGAGGUCAAGGCCUACUUCGAUAUCGAGCAUCCUUGA